AUGAAUUGUAUUAUUGAUUUUUACAGAGCCAAUUUGAAACCUCUGGUUGCCCAAUAUGCGCCGGAUGACUCAGAAGUCUCUAGCACUCUCUACAUGACCGGUGCAGCUGCGAUCAUCGUAACAGCCAUUAUCUGGAGAAGUCUUGGAAUUAGCUCAAGCAACCGUAUUAAACGCCAGCAGGCCAAGAAGAAGGACUCGAAGCACAAGAAGGACGUGAAACUAGAGCCAUUGACUUUUGAGAAGAAGAUCGAUAAUGUUCGCUUGAGAUUCAACAAAGAGUACAAACCAGGUAUAGACCAACUUCUGGAGAAUUACGACCCCGCAGAUAAGGAUAAGGUUUAUCAACGUAACUUUUACAAUGAAAUGCUGCUGAAACUACUAAUUGAGUUGGACGGCGUUGAACUUGUCGAGGUACAGGGCGAGAGAAAGAUCGCAUUGAAGGAACAGCGUAAAGGUGUUAUCAGAGAGAUUCAGACACACUUAAAGACGCUAGACAAAUUAAUAUAA